ACUGCUCGGAUCGCUCGGAUGGCGAUUCAGUGCAGAAAUGGCCGUGGUUCGUUACGGAAAUGCAGCAGCAGCCCAGUGCAUCUGGCCUUACCGGUGGAGUGCAGUGUGCAGCAGUUGGUGGCCCUACAUUUUGGUGCUUUGUACGUUGACCCUUCCGCUGAGGGUAGUGGCACGAUCGAGUGAUGCGUUCGGCGGUUAUCCAACCGUAUUCGCGAUUGACGAAGAAGACGGUAUGCUGGAAACGUCUGAGCUGAUCCGUAAGUAUGGCUACCCGAUCGAGCAGCACGAGAUCACCACCGCCGACGGUUACAUCCUAACGUUGACGAGAAUCCCUCCGAUGCGCACCAAAUCCGACCAUUCCCUACCGGUGCUGCUCGUGCACGGGUUGUUUGCCAGCUCGGCCGAUUUCCUCAUCAUCGGGCCGAACAACAGUCUCGCCUACCUGCUGGCCGACCAGGGGCACGACGUGUGGCUGGCCGAUCUGCGCGGCAAUCGGUACUGCCGGCGCCACACCCACCUAUCAUCGGAUAGCCGCGAGUUCUGGGACUAUACCUGGCACGAGAUGGGCUACUACGAUCUGCCCGCCACGAUCGAUCACGUCCUGUCCGUGACGGGGGCAAGGCGCCUCCACUACAUCGGCUACUCGCAGGGUACGACCGUGUUCUUCGUGCUCGCCUCCACCCGGCCCGAAUACAACGCGAAAAUUGCCCGCAUGUACGCCCUCUCGCCGGCCGUCUACGUCCAGCAGGUGCGCAGUCCCAUCUUCCGCUGGCUGGCGGAAAACGGUCCCGCCGUCAAGUGCUUCCUGGACGCGAUCGGCAUGUGGCAGGUGCUGCCCCACAACCCUGUCCAGUACGCACUGCAGCGGGCCCUGUGUCCGGCGCGUAUCGCACGGCCCAUCUGUGUGCAUCUGAUCGAGCAGAUGGUUGGACCGAACCCAAACGGCACGGAUCGGCUAGCACAGCACAUCAUGGCCGGGCACAAUCCGUCCGGUGCGUCCAGCAAGCAGCUGCUACACUUUGCGCAGCUGAAUCGGUGCGGCCGCUUCCAGCAGUUCGCCUACGAGCGGCCGGACCAGAACCUGGCCCACUACGGGCGGGAACAGCCGCCGGCGUACAAUUUGUCGGCCGUCACCGCACCGGUUGCCCUGUUUUACGCGCUCAACGAUUGGAUGGUUGGACCGGCCAACGUGGUGCGGCUGGCGGCUGAGCUGCCGAACGUUGUCUCGCUGACCGAGGUGCAGGAUCCGCACUUUAACCAUCUCGAUUUUGUGGCGGCCAAACGGGUGCGUGCGCUCGUGUACGACAGCAUUCUGGAGCAGCUGCGCGACUUAUGAAAAGACUGGAUUGUCCGGAACCGUAUCGGUGUGGUGACGGCAUGUAAUUAUAAUGUUUAAUGUUAAUGUUAUUGAAGGUAAAAUCGUGAUUGGUUUGUUACUGUUUCGACUGACUUGUGUUUCAAUUGUGACAAAUUGAGUUUACUAAUACUGUGUACAAUGUGGACAGGUUUAGGUGGCGAUGAGUCGGAAAAUGUU